AUGCAGGAAAUCGAUAAUGCCGCUGGUGCCGUAGCAGGGGUAGCUAUGUUUGUUUUAGGUCUACCCACUAUAGGGUGGUUUGUUCGAAAAUCCUACGAAGUGAUUUACAUUCUUAUCUUCAUUGUGCUCUGGGGUGAAUUAGGGCUCACCUCGACAGUCUUCUACAUGGUGCAUGUCCUCAUGUUUAUCCUCAUCAUGAUCAUGGUGGGAAUGCACCGACCCAAAAUAUCCACUCACUCGCUCGUGAUUGUCAUUUUCACAUCUUGUAUGUGGUUCUCAGAUCGACUGCUACGACUGGCCAAAAUUUGCUGGUUUUCAGUCGGAAACCACGCAACGGUCACUGCCUUGCUGGGAGAUACAGUGCACGUUAGACUUACGCGCAAUGUCUCCUGUCGUCCCGGGUCUCAUGUGUUCUUGUGGUUGCCUUCUAUCCGUUUGUUUGAGACUCACCCAUUUACUAUGGUCUCCUCGAGCCCUCCUGAGUUUGUUAUCCGGGCAUAUGAUGGUUUCACCCGUGAUCCCUAUUAUCUCGCUCAUAAGAAGCAAGGUCAAUUACUCAGGUGCUCUAUGGAUGGGGAAUACGGACAGGUCCCGAAUUUCGUGGAAUUUGACAAGGUAGUUUUCGUUGCAGGAGGUAGCGGUGCCAGCUUUACAUUUGCCAUUGCUCUCGGUUCACUUGACACGUUGGCUGCUCGUAAUACUUCAAAGCAGAUAGAGUUCCUCUGGGCAAUCAGAAGUCUGGGUAGGUGUAUCUACAUCUAG